AGUUUGGAGUAUGGAACAUAUAUGAGAGUAUCCCCAAACACCCCCCUUGGCUUCGAUGUCAUCAUCUCGAACUCCCUAACACAAUUUUUAAUGGCGUGCUUUGCCUUUGUAACCAUCCAUAAUUAAUAUCCAAAAUUAUUCAACAAAGUUUAAAGUGUCAUACCAAUCCUUGAAAGAUCUGCAUAUUCAUCUCACCACAAUUCCAACUUUUGCAGAUAAUUCCCAUCAGAUUGUGUAGCAAAGAUGGAGGAAGAGAUGAUAAGGCUGCAAAAUAUAAUGCCACUAGACCUUGCUAUAAAAAGGGAAAUGGAAUAUCGGUGUAGAAUGGAGGUCCUGAAAAACCGGCGACUUGUUAACUUAAAUCCUUUGCUACCUUCCCAGGUGCCACCCGCUAGUCAAGCAUUAAAGAGAAAAGAACCUUCUUCUAGUAAUGCAGCACUAGCAAGACGCUCAACAGGGCUCGUUUGCAAGAUCUGUCACGUGACCUUCGGUACUGUUAUUCAUUUAAAUCAACAUUCCGAGACUGCAAGGCACAAAAACAAUGUACUGCAGUUGAAAAAACGGGGUCAAAAUGUUAGCACCCCUUUUUUAUGUGAGCUUUGUAACUCAUCUUGCUCGAGUGGCCUUGUAAUGGAUGGUCAUCUUAAUGGUACGAAGCAUGCUACUAUCCUGCUAGAGUAUAUGAAUGCUAAGAGAGCUAGAGCCGAAUAGAAAUUUGCUGCAAAUCUGUAUCAAGUGUUUACGAUAUCUGUUAUUAGUGGAAGGAUGACAAAAGUUUCAUCUAUUUGUAUUUAGAAGUAUUCUGAGCUUACAAAUAUGUAAAUGAUUGUAGGUUUUAUAUGUUAUUUUCUUUUCACCGCUUAGAAGUAUGUCGUGAAUUAGAGUAAGGUUUAAA